AUGUCUCCCAACAAGGAAAAUUUGCACAAUGGAUUAAAUAAUAUACACAUUAAGUCUCCUGUCAAGAGAGUGCUCUCUAUGCCAAAUGAAGCCGAAGAGAGUGCAAAAAAAAUGGAUGUUGUGAAAGAAAACGUAGAACCAAAGUUUGAUCCACAACUAGAACCUCUAUUAAGAGAAAAUCCUCGCCGCUUUGUUAUUUUCCCAAUUCAAUAUCCGGACAUAUGGCAAAUGUAUAAAAAAGCAGAGGCAUCCUUUUGGACUGCUGAAGAAGUAGACUUAUCGAAGGAUAUGGCUGAUUGGGAGACCUUAAAGGACUGUGAGAAGCACUUUAUUAAGCAUGUCUUAGCAUUUUUUGCCGCAUCAGAUGGUAUAGUAAAUGAAAAUCUAGUAGAGCGUUUCUCGCAGGAAGUUCAAGUCACAGAAGCUAGGUGUUUCUAUGGUUUUCAAAUAGCCAUGGAAAAUGUUCACUCAGAGAUGUAUUCACUGUUGAUAGACACCUACAUAAGGGAUCCUAAAGAAAGGGACUUUCUAUUCAAUGCUAUUGAAACACUGCCAUGUGUAAAGAAGAAGGCUGACUGGGCUUUGCAAUGGAUUGGCAGCAAGACUGCAACAUUUGGAGAACGCAUUAUUGCUUUUGCUGCAGUAGAAGGCAUCUUUUUCUCUGGCAGCUUUGCAUCUAUAUUCUGGCUGAAAAAGAGAGGUCUAAUGCCUGGUCUUACUUUCAGUAAUGAACUGAUUUCAAGGGAUGAGGGUUUACAUACUGACUUUGCAUGUUUGAUGUUCAAACACCUGGUGCAAAAACCCAGUGCGGCUCGUGUAUUGGAGAUAAUAAAGGAUGCAGUGGUAAUUGAACAGGAGUUCCUAACAGAUGCAUUACCAGUGAGACUACUCGGCAUGAACUGUGAACUUAUGUCCAACUACAUAGAGUUUGUUGCCGACCGUUUGCUCGUAGACCUCAUCGGUGAAAAGCAUUACAACACCAAGAAUCCGUUUGAUUUUAUGAAUCUCAUCUCCUUGGAAGGCAAAACAAACUUCUUCGAGAAGAAAGUAGGGGAAUACCAGAAGUGGGGCGUUAUGGCUAAAACUGAGGACAAUGUAUUCACAUUGGAUGCCGAAUUU